AUGCACAGACACGCACUGGACGCAUGCGCUCUGCACAGUCUCUCCGCCCUCGCGCGAUUUUGUUUUUUUUUAAACCAACCAUCGUCCCAAGCGCAGGCGCGCCAGUCGUGCGUGCGUUGGAAAAUGGCGGCGAAGUUGGAGCCUUCGGAAGUGGCGCCGCCGGAGGUCCUUGAGGAGGCUGAAGGUCAGACCAAGUCUUCAAAGAAGACUGAAGAGUUGCUGGAAAUGGUGAAGAAGCUGCAGAAAGAGGGAACCCUGGAGCCACAGGUCAAAGACCUGAUUAACCGGAUUAAUGAGCUUCAGCAAGCAACGAAGAAAUCCAGCGAGGAACUGGGAGAAGCCCAAGCUCUCUGGGAGGCCCUGCAUAGGGACCUGGACUCCUUGAAUGGAGAGAAAGUGCACCUGGAGGAGGUUUUGAGCAAAAAGCAAGAGGCACUGAGGACCCUCCAGCUGCACUGCCAAAGGAAGGAAAGUGAGGCUCAGAGGAAGUACAUGUUGGUGGAGCACAUGGAACAAAUUUCUAUCCAUAACUCUCAGAUCACAGAGAGUCAAGGACAGAGGAAGCCGGGGUUGCACGUGGAAGAACGUCUGGAGGAUUUGACAGGCCAGCACAAGGACCCCUGGGAAUUCCACAUGCUGAAGCAGCGAUUGGCCUGGGAGAUCCGUGCCCUGCAGAGCAGCAAGGAGCACCUGCUCACCGAAGAGAGGCAGACGCGGGCCAAGCUGGAGACGGUGGAGCGGCGGCUGCGCUCGCCGCCCGAGGUCCAGAGCGCCCCGGCAGAAAAAGACAGGCUGAAGGCGGAGCUGGAGAAACUCGGGGGGCAGGUCCCCGUCCAGACCCAGACCACCCCAGAGGACCGGGCCGGAGAGGUAGAGAGCCCGGGACGGAGGCCAGACGGGCCGAGACACAGCGGGCGGGAUCUGGGAUCCGGAGCCCCUCUGAGAGGGGGGUGUGCGGGUGCAGGGCGUCCUCGGGGCGGUGGGGACAGGGAAAGGGCAGCGCGGGCCAGCGUGGGCGGGCGCCAGGGCCCCAAAGCCUGA